UCUUGCGAGAGGAGGGAGGGUUGCCCCUGCAAAACGGCGAUGUUUAAAUGUGACACACGGGACGCGAAUCAACCGACGCCGAGCUCUUGUUUUGUUUGACGCCAUUUGCCCCCUAGUUUGCGCGGAGGCUAGCUCCCUUCUGGCUAGUUAGCCGGCUAGCUAGUUAGCCGGCUAGCUAGCUGGCUACUGUUAUUGUCAGCAAUUUGGCCACUUUUGGACUUGUUGAGGCGUGAAAUGUGCACCUCCGCACCAAAAAACACACCAAAAACGGGCGAGUGCUGCACUCCCGAGCGGACACAUUCGAAAACCCCCGGCCUGGCCGCCUCCCACCCGCAGUGAAAUGCCCCCAGCUCACAGAUACAACACGAGUGUGUUGUGGAGCUCGCCGCAAACUCCACAGCUCACAACACGGAUGCCCGCUGUGUUUCGAGGCAGCUGCACCUUUUCCCCUUUUCCUUUCUCUCGAGCAGCUGGUCAUUGACGUAUAAUGCAUGCAAAUCACUCAAUGUUUAACUUGUGCUAUGUGGUUGUCUUUUGCUUUUAAGUGCAAUGGCAUAUUUCUUAGUGUUAAGCAGGAUCACUAUAUACUACAGCAAGUAGGUAUCCUGGAUGCAAUCUUAUCUAAAUGUUAUGCAUUAUGUACAUAUUCUUACAUCAUGCUGUAGAUAAGAAAAAAACUAUGCAGUUGCACUGCCGUCAGAAUAUUUUGUCACUGUAAUUUUUAUCAUAACCAGUAUAUUAGCAUGGCCUUUUGAUCUUCCUGACCCAUGAAAGUCGGCUACCCCAAUUAAAUGCGCCUUCCCCUGGUUUAACUUUGUCUACGCUGAUGAGUUACACGUAUGCCGAUCUCUACAGAUGAUUUCAGACAUGCACCGAAGAAAAUUUCCUGAACUUUUGUGCGAGAAUGCAAAAUUGUCCGGAGCUUUUCCCGCCAGCCCCCUGGUUCAAUUUCAAAACAAUGUGACAGUACAGCAGCAACACGGGGCGUCAGGAUGAAGAAGAAAGCUCGGCAGCACCGGGUUGCGGUGCCGCAGAGGCCGCCGUCUCCGAUCAAGCCUUCCCCCAACAAGCAGAUCUUGACGUACGCCCAGGCGCAACGCCUGGUAGAGUUCGAGCUUGACGGCCGCCUCCAUCGUCUCAGCAUAUAUGACACGCUGGACGUGAUCUCCGACGACGACCCCAUGGCGCAAGAGAUGAUGGAGUGCACCAGCAACAAAGAGAACGCAGAGAAGCCACAGCAGCAGGUGCGCCUGAAGUCAGUGAGACUAAAAAACAACCAGGAGAAGAGAAACGCUGCGCUGGGCAUCACGGGCCAAGGAGAAGGGGCCGGGCACCAGGUGGGCGGUAACCCCGGCCCAAAGCUUCCAGAGCCGAAGUUCCGUACAGUGGAAUAUAACCUUCCAGCAGUUCCUAAGCGUCAAUCUGCGUUUUAUAAAUACACAGAGAAAACCGAAGAAGAGCUAGACGAGGAAACGGAAUAUGACAUGGACGAGGAAGACUAUGCCUGGCUAGAUUUGGUCAAUGAAAAACGGCGAAGCGAAGGGGUCAGUCAGGUCUCCUACAACGUUUUUGAGUUCCUCGUCGACCGUUUUGAGAAAGAGUUGUACCUCGAGAGCCUGGAUCAAGGCAGCGAGAAGCAAGCCGCCAUCGACGAGGACGCCGUGUGUUGCAUCUGCAUGGACGGCGAGUGUCACAACAGCAACGCCAUUUUGUUUUGCGAUAUGUGCAACGUCGCUGUGCACCAGGAAUGCUACGGCGUGCCCUACAUCCCAGAGGGCCAGUGGCUGUGCCGACACUGCCUCCAGGCGCCCACUCAGGCCGCCGGCUGUAUCCUCUGUCCCAACAGGGGCGGGGCGGUGAAAAAGACGGACGAUGGCCGCUGGGGCCACGUGGUGUGCGCGCUGUGGGUCCCCGAGGUGGGCUUCUCCAACACCACCUUCAUCGAGCCCAUCGACGGCAUCAGCCACAUCCCCCCGGCCCGCUGGAAGCUCACCUGCUACCUCUGCAAGGAAAAAGGAGUCGGCGCGUGCAUCCAGUGCCACAAAGCCAACUGUUACACCGCCUUCCAUGUCAGCUGCGCCCAAAAGGCCGGCCUCUUCAUGAAGAUGGAACCCAUCAAGGACGUGACGGAGACGGGCGAGCCGACUUUCUCCGUGAAGAAAACGGCCUACUGCGGAGCCCACACGCCCAAUGGCUGCGUGAGGAGGCCUCUCACAAUCUAUGACGAUGCCAAACCCAAAAAUGGAAUAUGUAAGAAAAUGGACAAAGGGAGAGCCGCGGGUAAAGGACAUUCGAAAGGAAAGCAGAAGAAAAAGAGUAAGAGCAAGAAGAUUGAGCCUGAAGUCGAGAGUGAAGCUGCGACCCCUGCUACUGUACCUACGUUUCCAGCUCACAGGUUACAAACCAUUAUGAACCAGGUGUCGGUCCAGAAGAAGAAAGCCUUCGUGGAGCUGGUCCUAAACUACUGGACGCUGAAGAGACAAUCCAGAAAUGGCCUGCCUCUCCUCAGACGCCUCCAGACAAGCCUGCAUUCUCAGAAGAAUGCUCAACCGGUUUGUUCAUCUAGGCAGAGCGAGGAGGAGAGCAGGGCACUGAAGGACCAGCUGAAGGAAUGGCACCGCCUCCGACAUGACCUGGAGCGGGCCCGGUUGCUGCUGGAGCUAAUCCGCAAGAGGGAGAAGCUCAAGAGGGAAGAGAUCAAGCUGCAGGAGACUCUCCUGGAGAUGCAGCUCACUCCCUUCAGCAUUCUGCUCCGAGCGCUGUUGGACCAGCUUCAGGCAAAAGACCAGGCCAGGAUCUUCGCCCAGCCAGUCGAUGUCAACGAGGUGCCCGACUACCUCGACCACAUCAAGCAUCCGAUGGACUUCUUCACCAUGUGCCAGCGCAUUGACACGCAGAGCUACAACAACCUCGAGCAGUUUGAGAACGACUUCCACCUCAUCGUUGACAAUUGCAUGAAGUACAACUCAAAGGACUCCUAUUUCUACCGGGCGGCCGUCCGCCUCCGGGAUCAGGGCGGGGCCCUGCUCAGAAAGGCCUGGCGGGACGUGGAGAAAAUCGGCUUUGACGCGGAGAGCGGCACGCACCUCGCCGAGGCUCCGGAGAUGAAAUCGCCGCCGUCGUUUUCCUGGGAGGAUGUGGACCGCCUACUUGCACCAGCCAACCGAGAGCAUCUGUCUUUGGACAAGCAACUGCAGCUGCUUCUGGAGAAGUUUGACCUGACCUGUGCCAUGAAGUCCAGCCCCUCUCGCAGCAAGCGCGUCAAGCUCCUCAAAAAGACCAUCAACGACGUCCGCAACGAAAUGAGCCUAAAACGAGUCCUGCCCUCCCACCACCACCACCACCACCACCACCACCACCACCACAACCACCACCACCACUGCUCUUCCUCCACAACUCCUCCUACAUCAUCCUCAUAUUCAUCGGCUCCCCCACACCCAGAGGUGGGCAAACCCAACGAAGAGAGACCGAAGCCCAAUGGACAUUUUUACGACGACGAGGGAGACAAGUGUCUUCCUCCCAAACUUGAGCCCUCGGACUCCAUCCCGCCCCUCAUCCACCUCGACAUGGAUCCCGAGCCCCCCACCCUCAAGCCGAUCGAUGCUGCCCCGGAUCGCGACGACCAGACUCACGGCAAGCGGGUCAAGUUCGACGGGGAAAUCCCGGACCUGCUCUCGUCGGCGGCGCGCCUCAACGGCCACUUGCGCGACGGCCUGCAGAGCUCUCUGCUGGACGGAGACGUGAGCGUGGUGGCCACAUCCACUCUGGCCGAGCCCACGGGCACGGUCAGCCGCCGGACCGCAGUGCUUUUCCGUAAGUCGAAGACCACCAGUCCCCACAAGGACCAGAGAGGCGGAGACGAGGGGGUCGUCGGCGUCGACAGAAAAGAAGGCAGGGAGGAGGGAGAGGAAGACGACGAUGACGAUCAGCUGGGUUCCAAAUCCUUCCUGUCGGUGGUCAUACCCCGGCUGGAGACGCUGCUCCACGGCAAGAAGAGGAAGCGCAGUGGUAGCGGGGAUAGCGAGGAGGAGGAGGAGGAGGAGGGGGGUGAGAGGGGAGGUGAGGGGGACCAUGAAGAGGAGGGAGAGUCUCCUGUGAAACGACUUGACACUGGUCUGUCGAGCGGAUUUCUUGAGGUGGAGGAGGAGAAGGAGCUCGAAGAACCCAGCAGAACCAGCCGAUCGGUGGAGCCACGGAGACGCUGUGCCUCUGAGUCCUCCAUCUCCUCGUGUAGCAGCCUUCCGGGGAGCACCAGCACUAUUCUCAGUCUUCCGAAAUGCGGGAAGGGGAAGCCUGCCCUGGUCCGGAGAAACACUGUGGACGAUAAGAGCGAGUUGAUCGCCUGCAUCGAAACUGGGAACUUUGCAAAGGCAGCGCGGAUCGCUGCUGAGGUUGGCAACAGCAAUAUCUGGAUGCCCGCUAGUGCCGCGACAGUUGCAUUGGAACCCUUAAAGCUAGUUUGGGCCAAAUGUAGUGGAUACCCUUCCUACCCAGCCUUGAUCAUCGACCCCCACAUGCCACGUGUGGGCUGCCAGCACAACGGGGUGUCCAUCCCCAUGCCCCCCAUGGACGUGCUCCGCAUCGGGGAGCAGAUGCAGUACAAAGCCGAAGAGAAACUCUACCUCGUCCUCUUCUUCGACAACAAGCGCAGCUGGCAGUGGCUUCCUAGAUCCAAGAUGGUUCCCCUGGGGAUGGACAAGACCAUAGACAAGAUCAAAAUGAUGGAGGGACGCACGUCCAGCGUUCGCAAGGCCGUCCAGGUCGCCUUCAGCCGCGCCAUGAACCACCGGAGCAUCGUGCAGGACGAGCCCGUCAGCGACCUCAGCGACGUGGACUGACGCCGCCGCCGCCUUGCGUGCAAAACUUGUACCUCUCCUGUACCAAAUACACCCCCCCCGCCUCUUCUCUCCCGUCUCUAGCAGGAGACUCCAAUGUUUACUGGGCACAUGCUGUAAUGGGUGGUGUCCGCUUCCUCAUCCAUUCCUACUCGCAAAACACACUCCUCCUCCUACCAUGUGCCGAUGGGAUACGGCUGCUGCUGCUGAAAUGAAUGUGUCUAUGUGUCCUCUCCACCUCCAGGCUUGUAACUGUGCUUAGAGACUGUUCUCCUUUUUUUUCUUUCUUUUUUCCUUCCUCCCUCACUCCCACCUUCAACUCCAUGAAUCAAGGCUGUCGUUUUGAUUCAUCACUUCGGGGGGGAAAAAACCUUUGGUGAUUGAUUCUGUACAUUUGUUGGUAACCGGACCGAAUGUGUCCGGGGGAAUCAGGCCGAGCUGGAAAGACUGGUGUUAAAAAGUUGUUGCAUUUCGGCUGAUGUUCACCUCGCUCCGUUAUUUUUGGCAGUUCCCAAAUCUUCAUUUCUGUCAAAAACUAAGCAUCUUGUAGCUGGUAAACCAGCUAAAGCUGAUUUUAUUUUUGGAAAAAAAAAGUACAUUUCUUGCCUACGUGAAGGCUUCUCAGUUGUGUUGAAUCAGCUGUAGCCAAAGCAGAUGUUUAUGUCAAGGUCACAUUUACAUACUGAAGUCAUCUCCCCCCCCUUUUUUUUUUUUUUUUUUU